AUGGGGGCUAUCUCAGCCACCAGCUGGGUUGGCUACGUUGAUUGUGGGGAAAUGUUCUUCAACGAUGCAGUGUCGUCGGGCAGGAUGGGACCACGCAAACCUCCAAGGAGUCCCAGUGAUCGGCCUGACGGAACACCGCGGGAGGAUCUGCCCUCGGCCUCAAUGAAGAAAGUCUCUCCCCAGGAGCCACUGUAUACAGGAGACAGAGUCACUCUACAGUGUAACAUACCAGAAUACAGAGACUGGACUUAUGUCUGGUACAAAGACAACCAACAACUUCCCAGUGAAACCAGUAGAACCAUCACCAUCUCUCUCCCAGACCAGGCUGGUCAGUACCAGUGUCAUGGGAAAAGAACAUGUUGGCCCUCUCAGUCAUAUCUCAGCUCAUAUCUACCCAUCAGUGGUAUUGAUCUGCCCAGUGCAACAGUGAACAUUUCUCCUGUUGGUCCUGUCUACUCUGGAGAGACUGUUACUCUGCAGUGUGACAUAUCAGACUACACAGACUGGACCUACCAAUGGUACAAAAAUGAUCAACAACAGAGUCCUGGUUCACCUUCUAAAACCAUCACCACUCUGUCUGACCAGGUGAGUCAGUACCAGUGUCAGGGGAGAAGAACAGAUCGUCCCCAGUCGUCACAAAAAACUGUUUCCCCCCACAUCACUGUCACUGCUAAUCAGCCAAAGGCCACACUGAGUUCAGACCAACAGGACAUAUUGACAGGAGACAGUGUGACACUUACCUGUACUGUAGAGUCUUCUGGAUGGAGGUUUUACUGGUACAGACACAGACAAGACUCUGAACCAGUAGCUACAACCUCUGGAUCCUCCUACACACUCAGCCAGGUCGUUACUGAUCUGCCCCUGGCCUCAGUGAGAGUCUCUCCUCAUGGUCUCCUAUAUUCUGGAGAGACUGUUACUCUGCAGUGUGACAUAUCAGACUACACAGGCUGGACAUACAGGUGGUACCGAAAUAAAAGACUACAGACUCCUGGUUCACCUUCUAAAACCAUCACCACUCUGUCUGACCAGGUGAGUCAGUACCAGUGUCAGGGGAGAAGAACAGAUCGUCCCCAGUCAUCAAAACGCAGUGUUCCUGUCCACAUCAGUGUCACUAAUUAUCAGCCAAAGGCCACACUGAGUUCAGACCAACAGGACAUAUUGACAGGAGACAGUGUGACACUGACCUGUACUGUAGAGUCUUCUGGAUGGAGGUUUUACUGGUACAGACACAGACAAGACUCUGAACCAGUAGCUACAACCUCUGGAUCCUCCUACACACUCAGCCAGGUCAGUGUCUCUGAUGGAGGACAGUACAGGUGUAGAGCUGGGAGAGGAGACCCUGUCUACUACACCCAGUACAGUGAACCAGUCCACAUACAGGUUACUGAUCUGCCCCUGGCCUCAGUGAGAGUCUCUCCUCAUGGUCUCCUAUAUUCUGGAGAGACUGUUACUCUGCAGUGUGACAUAUCAGACUACACAGGCUGGACAUACAGGUGGUACCGAAAUAAAAGACUACAGACUCCUGGUUCACCUUCUAAAACCAUCACCACUCUGUCUGACCAGUGUGACAUAUCAGACUACACAGGCUGGACAUACAGGUGGUACCGAAAUAAAAGACUACAGACUCCUGGUCCACCUUCUAAAACCAUCACCACUCUGUCUGACCAGGACAUAUUGACAGGAGACAGUGUGACACUGACCUGUACUGUAGAGUCUUCUGGAUGGAGGUUUUACUGGUACAGACACAGACAAGACUCCAAACCAGUAGCUACAACCUCUGCAUCCUCCUACACACUCAGCCAGGUCAGUGUCUCUGAUGGAGGACAGUACAGGUGUAGAGCUGGGAGAGGAGACCCUGUCUACUACACCCAGUACAGUGAACCAGUCCACAUACAGGUUACUGUUCCUGUAUCCCCUAGAUCAAACUUAGUAGGAGUGGUUGUGGGUCUGGUUCUUGCUGCUGUUCUACUGACCCUCAUCCUGGUCCUGCUGUGUCGAUAUAAAAAUAGCGAAGGUUCCAGUUGUAUCAGAAUAUUCUGGCCCAUCCAUCCCCAGAGCACCAACCAGGACCCCCAAGAGGACCAAGGAUCUACCCAGGUUCCGCCCCCUGAUGCUUGGUAUACAUCUCUGCUGCAUGGUGAUCUUAACAUCUAUCAUUUCAUCAGGCAGAAAUUAUAAAGGUCAACUAUAAAGUUAUGUUUUAUCAGGAAUGU